AUGUUGUGCCAGUGUAUCCUUCUGCUGCUGGUCUCGGUGAUAGUGGUGCAAGCCAAACCGGAGGCCCCGAUCAACUCGUACUUGCCACCUGCCCACGGUGGUCACAACGGAGACGGACAUCACGAUGAUCAUCACACGGAUUUGGUGCCACCGUCGAGUAGCUAUGGGACGCCCGACACCAGCUAUGGCCCUCCGCACCAUCAAUCCGGCUUUCAUCCCGAUCACCACGAGCAUGACGAUCAUCACGACCACCACGACAACCACGAUGACAGUGGAUCGUUUGAAGAUGAACCGGCAAAGUAUGAGUUCAGCUACGAGGUAGACGAUGAAGAUGCGGAUCUAUCCUUUGGCCACGAAGAAAUGCGCGAUGGCGAUUACACCACGGGAAAGUACAACGUACUCCUUCCGGACGGACGACGACAGAUUGUGGAGUACGAGGCAGACCACAAAGGAUAUCGUCCAAAGAUUACGUACGAAGGAGGUGAUGAGCAUCCGCACCAUCACGAUCAUCCGCAUGAGCAUGGGCACGGGCAUGAGCAUGGUCACGGUGGCUACUCGAAGGAGACGCCACAUACCCAGCUCGGAUACCCGAAGGAAUCGCACCACGAUUUCGAGCACAACGGAAUCGGCCACGGUUCCGGUGAGUACGAUUCCCAUUCGCACGAUAGCGGCCAUAGCCGAGCGGAUCAUGGUAUCCACGAUGGUCACCGGGGAUACGAUAGCAACGCGCACGAACACCACGGCAAUGGUAACGGGCAUCAUCACAACAAUGGCAAUCACAAUGGUAACAACGGACAUCAUCACAACGGUCAUCAUCAAAAUGGCCACAAUGGUCACAAUGGGCAUCAUCGCAGACGUAGCAGCAAUAACAACCACAGCAACAACCACAACAACAACCACAACAACAACAACAACAACAACCAUCAUCAGCAUCAUGCAGCUCCGCCUGCUCAUCACAGCAACGGAGAUCAUCAUCAUCAGCACCAUCACAACGGUUACCAUCGUUAG